CCCUGCCGCUCGCGCCCCCGCCCGCCCCUCGCCUUGACGGCAGACGCCUGGCCGGGUGGCUGAGAGGAGCCCCGCCGCCGCAGCCCCCUCUCGCACCGGGGUCCCGCCGCCCUCCUGCCCCAGCCUGGCCAUGGCCGGCCGCUCGCUCCUGCUCCUGGCCGCCGCCCUCGCCGCCCUGCUCGGGAGAGCUACUCCCAAGUUGCCCAAAAAGCCAUUGGAUGGAACAGGAUAUGGGGAUGGUUCGGACGAUUUCAGUUUGUCAGAUGCACUGGAUGACCUUUCCACCAAGCGACCUACUCCCACGCUACCCAGAAAGCCAUCGGGUGGAACAGAUAUUAGCUUAUGGGAUGUGAUCCACACCACCACAACCAAGAAGCCAAAAACCACCAAGGCCCCGCCCAAAAAGAAUCCAGCAAAGGAUCCUGCAGACUUUGACUUAUCCGAUGCACUAGAUGAUCAGAAUGAUGGGAAAGGCGGUGGGAAACCAAAUGUAAAACCUGGUGAAGGCUCGAAAGGUAAAGAUAACCCUUCAAGAGGUGGAAAACAGGCAUUUUCAGAUGACGAUCUGGCCGGUGUUCUGGACGAUGGGAAGUACCAUCCUGAUAAGAAGAAAGGUGGCAGCGACUACGAUGCAGGCACCACCGCCGAGACUGGGACAAUAGCAGGAAUAGCCAGUGCUCUUGUCGUGGCAUUGGUUGGCGCCGUCUCCAGUUACAUUUCCUAUCAGCAAAAGAAGUUUUGCUUCAGCAUACAACAGGGUCUUAACGCAGAGUACGUGAAAGGAGAAAACACAGAAGCUGUUGUAACUGAAGAACCUCAAGUUAAAUAUUCAGUCCUCGAAACACAGUCAGCAGAGCCGCCACCACCACAAGACACUGCGAAGGUCUAAAGCGUGGCCUUGGGCUGGAAGAGAAUCAGUCACACACAAAACCAUCUCACAUGCUUGUAAUUCAGCUUUUUAUUUAAUUUGGAUCCAAGCUAGUUAAUGUGUAUUUAGACUAGAAGUGGCUUCUUGUUGAUAUAGGCGGUAGGGCUAGAAUGUCAGUGUCUUUUUAUGUUUUUGUAAAGAGUUGUACGUUUACAUGGAAUUUAAUAAUGUAGGAUUGAUUACACGUUGUGUACAAAACAACAAAAGGUGCUUCAAUAGGCUUUCAAGCACUGUUUAGGAUUUUCACGUUCGGGACAAGCAGCUGGGAUAAUGUCUUUUUCAAAGAGUGCCAGAGCAUACAGGUGUGAGGACGAUAAAGUGCCUGUAAAAUAACAAUCCAAAGCAAACCAUGCAAGAACCUUUGUAAAUCACUUCCAGUCAAUUUCUGCCAUCAGCUAUGCGCAUGCAGUGUCCAGUGUCAGCAGUGAAAAUUGUGUGUGUAGCUGAGGGUAGAUUUUGCUCCUUAGAGUAGCUACACCUAAAAAUAAAGUGCCUAUGGGUAGAUCCUCAUUUAGGGGCCCAGCCUUGGGGGUAACAAAGGCCUCUACUCAUUGGAAUCACAGAGUUGAGGGUGCACAUCAUCUCACGCUACUAGGCUUCUACCCACCUUUAAGGACCCGAUUUUGAUACCAGAUAACUAUUCCUUGACUUUAGCAAAGCUUUUGAUACGGUCUCCCACAGUAUUCUUGCCGCCAAGUUAAGGAAGUAUGGGCUGGAUGAAUGGACUGUAAGGUAGAUAGAAAGCUUGCUAGAUCAUUGGGCUCA